GGAGCACUUAGUUGCGGGUACCUUCAAUUAUGAGACGACAAAGGCCCUUCUACCUUUAGUCCAUUACUUGACCCUAGUGACUCCUUGCGAACGCUUGAAAUGCCGCCUUCAAUACCUGUUUCCACCGCAUCGCGGUUCUCCCGCCGACCAUUCCGUUCAACUUCCAUUCGAUAUUUCAGCCAUGGACCGAGUCUACGAGCAAUGGCGCAAAUGGCGCAGCUGGACGUAAAGAUGCCGGCGGAUAAAUCACCAACGGUCCAAAGAAAGUCGGCAAUGCGAGCAGGCCAUGGCUUGGAGAACAAAGAUUUUGGGUUGAUCUCAGGGACCUUUAUUCCACCUACAGGCCAUAACCGACCGGUUUGGUCUCGCGAACUGAAAGUUUGGGCCAAAAUGCAAUGGCUUCGAACCUGGAGCAGUGUGGAGGGCUGGGGCCGGCUCAAAUUCAUGACAUGGUUUGGGGCUGCUAAGCAUCUGAAACCCAAAUUGGACAGUCGUAAACGAAAACUCAAAGUGAUCGCUCGAGAUCUUCAUCAUUUCAUGCAUGUUGCAUUUGCAGAGGGGAAUAAGCCUGCGAUUGAGAAAUAUACAACCGAAGCUCUUCGAUUAUCUCUCAACACGCGCCUGGGCAAUCGCAAGCCGACCGAGAUCCUCCACUGGAAUUCCGACUACAAGCGCCUCCAAGUUAUAUCCGACAAGGUGGCCGAGAUACCGCAUUUCAUCAAAACUGGGAAUAAAACCCGGGAUGUCAAUUUGGUCCGUCAGGUCAUUGUUCGAAUCGAAUCACGUCAGAAACUAUAUCGCGGGACGCCUGGGCCGUCCAGCAAACGGUACGUCGACACGACAAGUCCGAUAUGGGAGAAGCCUCGAGUCCGAGAUCAGAACGAAUAUGUGGUCAUCCAACAGAUGGUCCUACAUGGGAAAAUCCAUCCAUGGAGAUUAUGGGGAAUGGUGGAGGAGUCAAAUCCGGAUGGGACGAAUACAUUCACGCCCAAGAAGGGGGCACAGCUGAGGAGAAGAUAGGUCGCCUCCGAUCCAGUAUUGAGGGAGGCAAGCGAGAUAUCCAUACGGGGCGGUUCGCUUUUGGAAUUGCAAUACAUCGCGGGGGUGUAACACGGGUUUUCCUAGGGACAUGUGACGAUCUAGACGUCAAACACGGCGGCUCUAAACUUGGCACGGCCAAUUCAGCUGUAAGGCGAUUUGUACAAUAGAAUAUCAGUCUCAUUUUCGCUAUUGCGCAUGUACUGUCGUCCCGAGAUGUGUGUGUGUA